GAACCUUGCAGAACACCCGGGUCACCCGACUCAGCGAUCGUGUCGGCGGACAUAUUGCCUGAAAUCCGAGAAUUAUUUUACCUGACUUUCCUGCAUUCAGUGCACCCGUAUGAGCCACUAAAACACUGAAGCCACCCAGGUCUAAAUGCCAUAUUCCAAGGUGCUUUAUUGCCAAGUCUUGAUACUGGGUUUUUCUCUGCCAUACCUUGAAGAGCGUCAUUUUAUAGCAGACCACGGAUAAACCUUUCUAUUGAUAUUAUUUGCUGAGAUAACUAGAUUCACCACUAGUUAUAUUCACUGUACAUUGGUUGUGGUGGAAUCUAUCAGCGAAAUCUUCAGACCAUAAAAUUAAUUUUCAUUGUCGUUUUAUUUCAUCGAUGAUCAGCAAACCUGUCUUUGGCAUCACGUGCACACAUGUUCUUUUUUCCUUUUGCUAUUAUUAGAUUUUUUCUGAUUACAAGAAAAUCCUGAUGCAGCUGUUCAGACAUUCAUAUUUAUUCUUUGAAUUUGCUCUUGAUAAGGAUUCUGUAAUUUUAAUCAAACUUUUGCUUUCCUUUGCACAAAAAAAGUUUGUCAUUGUUUAAGGUGAGACUUUUUCAACAAAACACUUUAAAACUGUUAAAGUUGUCUGUGACAUCAGGAAACUUUAUAUCGCCUUAAAGAAACUUGAGUUAUGCUGUAGAAAUUUAAUGUAAAUAUUACAUGCUUGCUGUUAACAGACCAGUUUUUUUUUAAUUUUAUAUUUUGUAGUCUAGAUAGACUUCAGCUGAGCAGUUCUGACUUGGUGUAGUGGAUGUAAAUAUUAACAUUGCAGCUAACACCAGAUCUAAAGUAAGAACAACGAAAGUUUUCUCCUAGUUGUGCUUGGCUUUGAUGUCAAAAGCCAGUGUAAGAUCAGAUCCAUUAUGGCAGUGAGUUGUGUCGAUUGUUCUUACUAUAAUUAUUGUGAGAAAUUGUCAGGUGCAGGCUGCCAAAGCUGUAGCUUGUAUUAGGUAAUAAGUGGUUGUGAAGGAACCAGAUGACUGCUGCUUUCAGUGACAAGAAUUUGUGUGCAAAACUCAGAACAGUGACUUGCUUAAUAAGCACUAGAGCAUUUGAGACAAGAGGUUUGUGAGAACUGUCAUCAUUGUUCUGCAGUCUCCAGGUUCUAACAAAUUCUUCAACUUCAAAGACUUUCAUCCCAGAGACUUUAUGUCUGCCUUACCAGUGCUAAAAGGAAUUUUACAAUCCAGCCAGAACUACAUGUGGAAUACAGCUGACUGUUUGGGUUGAAGCACCACAACAGUUGCUUUCUUAAGAAGAGAAAAGAUCAUCAUUAUUAAGCAUAUCGCAUACUAACAAAUUGUUCAACCACGAAGACGUUAGUCCUAGAAACUUUAUGUCUGCCUUCCCAGUACUAAAGGGAAUUUUGCAAUCCAGCCAAAACUACACGUGGAAUACAGCUGACUGUUUGGGUCGAGGUGCCACAGCAGUUGUUUACUUAGGAAGAGAGAAGAGCAAUGGAAAAGUUGUGGCAGUCAAAGUAUUCCAUGAGCACUUACGUAUAGGCCAGAGUGGAGAAGACCUGAGAGAACUGGAACUGCUGCGGCGCCUCAAUCAUGAAAACAUCAUCACCCUCCAUGCCAUCGAACAUGAGUUCCAGGCAAAGCGUAUCGUGCUGGUCAUGGAGUACUGCGAAGGGGGAUCACUCUACCACAUGCUUGACCAGCCCCAAUACCAGUUUGGGCUGCCUGAAGAUCUCUUCCUCCUUGUACUUUUCCAUGUUGCUGCGGGAAUGCUAUAUUUGCGAAAAUCUGGUGUCAUCCAUCGAGACAUUAAACCGGGUAAUAUCAUGCGCUACCUCACAGAUGAUGGAAAUUCCAUCUUCAAGCUCACAGACUUCGGAGCAGCCCGUGACCUUAGUGAUGAGGAAAACUUCACAUCUCUGUAUGGCACAGAGGAAUAUCUGCACCCAGGCAUGUAUCAGAGGGCAGUGCUGCGGCUGCCAACAAGUCAGCAGUUUGAUGCCCGGGUGGAUCUGUGGAGCCUUGGCGUCACUUUCUAUCAUGUGCAACAGGACAGUCCAUUCCAACCAUACGGUGGCCGUAGUAACAGAGAGACCAUGUAUCGUAUCAUCACACAGAAAGAGAGCGGUGUUAUCUCAGGUCAGCAGCAUUUUGAGGAGGGUCCUAUUCACUGGAGCAGGGAAUUGCCUAAUACCUGUCAGCUCUCUAGUGGCUUGCGGCACAUAAUUACACCUCUUCUUGCGGGCUUGAUGGAACCAGACACUUCUCGGAUGCUUUCAUAUGAACAGUUCUUUGGCAUCGUUGACAAAGUGCGGUCCCACACCAAGCUUACCAUCUUUCAUUACACAUCAGCUACACUUCUCACCCUCUAUGUUGAUCCCAAAUGGACUUUAUCAGGGCUGCAGGAUUCUCUGGCUUCCAUGACGGACUUGCAUGCAGCUCAGCAGCUGCUUCUGGUAGGAGGUCAUACACUGGAAGAAGUUGUUCUUGCUACCACUGAGAUUGCUCAGUUUCCGAUGCAUGUCCAGAGCUCUAUAAUCUACCUCUAUCCUUGUGAAAUGGUAACUUCAGAAGUUCCCCACCUGCAACAGCCAGAGAUACCUCCAUUCCCUGAAUUUCUCAACAUUAUUGACAUAGACAAGGAUUCUCGACUUGCCCUCAACUGCCUGGCCCGAGGUCACUUGAUUAAGUUGCACACGCAGACUACUACACAGCAGCAAAACUGUUUGAUAGAGGGUCAGCUGAACCUCAGGAUGUACAUAGACUCUCGUCUUAGAGCAACAGCUGAUGCCCAGCAGCAGAUGCAGCAAUUGGUUGCUGAAUCCAAAAAACGCUUUGACAUGUUCUACUCUUGUGUCUUCUCCCUGCAAACAUUAAGCACCGUCCUCAGUCGCUCAGAUUCCUACUUUCGAGACAUCUUAAAUGACGAAACACUACGCAAAGUGCAUGUGAAGGCCGAAGAGAGAAGCGAUGAGAUUCAUCGUUACCGUCGUGGACUGCAGGAAAGGUUGAUGAGGCCCGACACCAUGCCUCCAGCUGGGGAGAUCUGUGUAACAAACACGCAUGCACUUCUAAGGUUGAACAUCAUUUGUCAGUCAUAAGCAACAUCCAGAACCGUUUCCGUCGGGACAAAAGUGUUAAGAAUCAGAUGACAUCACAUGAUGAAAACAUUCACAGAUUUGAAAGGCAGAAACUACAAGAACACUGCAUGCAAAUGCUGUCCAUUUUGACUGGUCACUGUAUACCAACCAGAGACCGUCUGCAUGGUCAAGCUUUUGGUUUUGUGGG